AUGAAUAAAGCUCUUUUAUCACUAAGCAGUUCUCCCUCAUCACGUCCCCCAAUUGUCACCAUUAUGGGACAUGUAGACCACGGAAAAACCACGUUGUUAGACACUUUACGGAAAUCCAAUCUGGCUGAGGGAGAAUUUGGGGGCAUCACACAAAAAAUUGGAGCAUUUCGAGGGGACGGUAGGUUUAUCACGUUUAUCGACACUCCGGGACAUGCUGCAUUCUCUUCGAUGAGAUCUCGGGGGGCCACACUGACUGACCUUGUUGUGCUUGUAGUGGCCGUUAAUGACGGAGUUAUGCCACAAACACUCGAAUCAUUAACUCAUAUAAAAUCGGCAGGAGGUUUUAAGUUGAUUUAUUUUGUCCCAAUGAUUGUUGCACUGAAUAAAAUUGAUGUCCGAAAUGCCAAUAUAUCGGAAACAAAAGAACAAUUGUUUUUAAAUGAUGUCAUAGUCGAGGAUUUUGGCGGGAAAGUAAAAUGUGUAGAAAUUUCAGCUAAAAAAUCUUCCAGAAAAGUUCAAAAACCUGAAAAAACUAUGAAAGAAGGACAAUCUUCAGAAACACAGUUCUGUGCUUUGAUUCGAUGCGAGGCUGUUGUAAUUCAAGUUUUUAUGUAUGGAAUUGGGGGGAAAAGAGUGCCAAUUGCUGGAUGUCGUGUUUCCAACGGAGUUUUGGAACGUAAGUCAAAAUUGAGAGUUUGGAGAGAAGGAGAAUCUGGAAAAAGAUCAGUUGUUCAUGACGGCGAGUUCUCGUCGUUGAAAAAGCAAAGAGUCGACGUGAGUGUUGUUGAAAGGGGAGAUGAGUGCGGUCUGAGGGUGGCGGGGGAUUUUAAUUUCCAAUUUGUUUUUCGUGGACCACAAAAUUUCUUCAAUUUCUUGAGUCGGGGGGAGAAAUCGGCAUUGAAGAUUGUUUGGUUCUUACUAGUGAUUUUAAAUCUAUUUUAUGGAAUCUACUUAAUAAUCCGAAUUACGUUUUUAAACUGUGACUGCAAUAUGUUUAUACAUACUGUGAAGUAUAUGAAGUUUACCAUGUCGCUUGAUGUCUUCCUCUCGGAUGUCUGUUCCACUGAUAUCAACGCACGUGUGGCUGUCGGCACCAGACUUUUCUCCGGGUCUAAAGAUCUUGCUGAAAAACUGAAUAAAAUUCGUGUAUUGAUUGGAAACAGCAAUCGCGACUGGAAUGACAGGACUGUCGCUGUUCGUGCAUUUUUAAAAUUAUUAAAGCUCAAGCAAAUUCGUUAUUUGGUGGAGAAUCAUUUCCAAGAAGCAAGUUCUCUGUUCGAGGCAUCCUCAUUCCGUUCGUGGGCAAUAUCACUAAAGGCGGGUCUGGCUGAUUUGCGAUCACAAGUUGUGAGGGAGUCUGCAAUCACAAUAUCGUAUUUACUUUACUGA